AUGAAUCAUGUGAAACUCCUGGAUCUGACUGGUACUAGAGUCGUGGUUGCAAACUCACCGGAGUUGUUGAUAGCUGCUCCGGACCCCAGCACCAGUGAUCUUCUUCCUUGUAGCGAGGAUGACUGGACAGCAGGUCGAAUAGGUUUCAAUGAAGCACUACUCACACGCAACCUUCACUCUCCUUCAUCAUUGGGAACGUUUGCAAGAGCGUGCCAAGCAGUUCAUAUGCUUGGCAAAGUCCUCCGUCAUGUGCAAGCACGAGCGAGAGUUGAAGAUGUAUCCGGGCACACUUCCGAAGCACUGCAGCUGCACAUGGCUUUGAAUCUGCUGGACCAAGGCCUCUCUAACGACUGCGCCAAUGGUUCAACUGUACGCAGUAGUCAAUAUUUGGCACUAUCAUUGUGCAGCCAAGCUCGCCUGGUGCUUUACAAUCAAUAUGCGUGCAACGAGCCAGGUCAAGCCUUGCCAACGGAGCGCCUAGCUGCGGAAGUUGAGAUGCAACAAAUAUCUCUUGCGGGUAUUAGAGAGCUUGCAGCCAAGAGGAUAUCACAGAUGGCGAGGGAGAUAAAAUCUGACAACCAGCAACAGUCUGUAGCAUUGAGCAAUUCUCCGCUACUAGCGGGCUGCUUGUAUCAUGCUGCAACAGAGUGUGUAUGGUUCAUCAAGGAGGACUACGAAAUAGAGAUGGUGGAUGGAUUAGAGUCUAUUGUGCAGGCUCUCCGAAUGCUGAGGCCCGAGUGGAGUGUUUGCAGUGAGGGACCUCUGUAUUUGCCAUGA